AUGGCGUCUCGCUUUCCCCCAAGAGAACGUUCCCCCCAUCGGUAUAACGACCGUCGCCCUUCAGCUGCACACGGUUCUUCCCAUAUCCCUUCUGGCCCUCGUGCUUCAGACGAUGUCAAUUCUACCCCGCUGGGGAGGGAGCCACCUCGCGGACCAAAAGCCUUAAUUGACUCCUCAAGAGGUGGCCCCUUUGUACCCCCUGGUCCCAGAGGCAGGGGUUACCCCGCGCGCGGCGAAUUUCGAGACCGUGAGCGAGACCGUGAUAUUCGUGAUCUGCGAGAUGGCGUCCCUCUAUUCAGGCGGGAUAUUGAUAGGGAAUGGUCUCGAAGGGAUCGGAGUUUUGAUUCGAGAGAUUCCCGUGCUACCUUUGGUCGUGGAAGAUCAAGGUCGCCCCCAUUACGAGAUUUUCGCGACUCGCGAGAACCAGGUCCUAGGGAUUCAGAUCCACCAAGAUUACGACGCAAUUCGAGGGAUGGACCCGCCGGACUGGUCAGCGGGGUUCAAGACGCUUCUCCUCUUCGCGGGCCUCCGUUGCGUGGGCGAGGCCGCGGUGACCGUGACAGGGGCAGAGGUCGGGGCUUUUUGGAUGAUCGAGAUUCUUUCCGACGGAGAAGUCGUUCGAGGGAUGCUUGGAGAGAUCGCGAGCGUGAUCGUGAUCGGGAUCGGGAUUUAGAGCGCCCUGAUCGGUUUGACCGACGCGACGAUGAUCGGAGAUCCGAACGAGAUGACAGAGAACGCGAACGCCUCUCCGAACGCUCAGAUUUGUGGAAGAAAGAUCGACUUUCCUCCAGGAUAGAACUUAAGAGCGCAUCUACAAUAUCAACUACUGUCCCUCCCAUAUCGCCAACGCCAUCGUCGUCAUCAAUACCAAAUGCUAAAAAGACCAUCAAUUCAGAGAUCCACGGUACAUAUAGGAAAUCUGUGGUCCCAGCACAAAACAUCCGGGAUUCUUGUGAGGACAAAGAUCACAAUGAAUAUCAUCCUGCAAGUCGAUUUGAUGCACAGAAAAAUCGAGCAGUGUCACAGAAUUCCCCUCCCCCAUCAGCACCAGAAGUACCGGCUUUUCGCUCUUUGGGUAGUCCUAAACCUGGAGCCGCUGACCUCCCCUCUAUAUCAACUACCAAAACAAAGCCACCGGAGGAACCAGCCGGUUCGGGGUCGCCUAUUGGCAAGCCAGAGAAGGUGCACAAUGAUGGUCCGGUAGCGACCGUAUUAUCCACCCCAACCGGACCAAAAGCUGAUAGAUCAGACCAUGAAUAUUCACACGAUCAGCGCAUAUUCCGACCGCCUAGUCAGGAUUUUCGAAAUAAAAAUGAGGUGCCAUUCCGCUCAGGAAGAAAUCUCCCAUCAUCCUCAAAGUCUCCCACUAUUACUACAUACGAUGUUUUCGGUUCGACAGGCUCAUCCGGCGGGGGUGAUACCGUCACUCCUUCUGUACCAUCGGAUGCCAAGGCCCAGGAGAUCCCUCUCAGUGCAAGGAUUGGUCCGCGACCUAGCUCUUCGUCAGGAUCACCACCUUCCUCCCAAUCAAUGGGAAGAGGCAUUUCUCUAUCUCGUCGGUCUGGUUCACCCCCUGCCCCACCAUCUGGCCCGUUUAGGUCUCCUGGUCCAAAGACUUCUCCUGGACUCUCUUUUGCAAGCGUACCCACAGGCCCCCGAGCGCUUCAGCGACCUAAUGCGCCAAGAGGCACGCCGAAAGCUAGCAAUCAAUGGGUGCGCCCUGGCUAUGCAAAUCGCGGACCUUCGAUCAUGAAUUCUGCCUUCCCCAUGAAACGUGAUCCAUUUGAAGACAAAGACAAAUUAUCAUUGGGAGUAUCCGAAGUUUAUAGACCUUAUCAGGCUGAUGGCUCACCCCAGCAGGAGGACUCCAAAUCUUUACUAGCUGCUGAGCGCGUAGAUCACUCACUCGAUCAAUCUCAAGACAUAGUUGACGAAGCUAACGCGAAAGUUCACGCUGAAGACCAGAGGCCCCCUACCACAAUUUCCUCGAUGGGUGAACAAGUUGCCACCCCGCUCAUGUUUGGACAAUCUAGCGGCGAAGAGACGGAUGAGGAUGACCUAGACGAGGAAGAUUUCAACGAAGGGGAGGAACGGUUUGAAAAAGAAAUGCAAGCAUUAGCGUCUGAAAUGCCUCCUCCUACCCUCAAAGAUCCGGUUAUAGUUGACCUACUGCUGAAAAUCCAAAUGUUGGGUAUCAUAGCUGAGGCUGCGGUGCCUACAGAUUUGGAUGUGCCAGAUGCAGCAAUGGAGAAUGAAGGCCCAGAACAACCACUAGCUGCCAUUCCACUGCCGGCGAAGGACUAUCAAGACAUUCAGCAGCCAGAACAAUCUUCUACUGUUGCCAAGGCUCAACCUGGCGCUUCUCUUGAAGCACCAACCAUCGAAAAUCUUCCGUUUCUCAAUUCUGGACCACCCACGCCAUUUUCUGACCUUGAGGCUUAUCAAGAGACUCUCCAAACCCAUGACCGGCUGAAGGAAGCACUCCGAGGCGAACUUGUCAAGCAGCGUAAAGAAAUAGCUCGUCAACGUGAAAAGCUCCGACAGGAAUAUGCUGGGUACUACAAACCCUGGAGGAUCACCGUGGAAGAACUGGAUCGCAAAAAUGCACAAGAAAAGAUGACUACCCCUGGUCCCCCCACCCCUCCAUCGGGUGCAGGAGCUGCUACUACUCCCAGCACGGCUGGUGAAGGACGAAGAGGAUAUAAACUGAAUAGCGAACUGGACUUCCAAAAUGCGUUGAUAGCGUCUACCAUCACUGCCCAGGAAGAGCAAGCGCGCCGACGUAUGAAAGAAGGAUCUGCAAAACCCGAUAUGUCAAAGGAAGCACUUAUCCCAGACAUGUUCGAAGAGCAAGAAAAACAGGCCUUUGUUUUCAAGGAUACAAACCACGCUGUAGAUCCCUCUUCUGCGUUUGAAGUUUUCGCUUUUUACCCCGCUCCUGUCAAUUUCACACCUGAAGAACAGAAGGUUUUCACGGAGGCAUUCUUAGCACAUCCCAAAAAAUGGGGUAAAAUUGCUGAGUCUCUUCCUGGACGAGAUUUCCAGGCGUGCAUCAAUCACUACUAUGUUACAAAGCACGAAUAUAAAUACAAAGCCAAAUUAAAUAGGAAAACCAUACGGCGACGCCAGAAGAAGUCUACUGCUGCUACCAGGAAUUCAAAAUCCAAUGCUCUCAUGUCAGAUCUGGGUGUUCGGCCCGAAUAUGAAGGUGAGGAAGCCGAAAUCCCCGCCGUCACUGACACUGGUAGACCCCGUCGUGCAGCCGCUCCAACAUUUGGUGAAGUUGGCCCAGAUACGGAGAAUAGCACACCCACGCCCAGUUCUGGGAAAAGAGGAAACAAUACCAAAGAAUCUGGAGAACAGACAGUAGAGAAAAGUGUAAGUAGACGUGGUGGAAGAGGAGGUGGUGGACGUGGUGGCAGGAGGGCAAAAGUACCACAGUCUACUCUUACAACGCCAAUUGCUGCAGCUCCUCCAAAAGUUGAACCUGAACUACCUGUGGAUGCUACACCAGAGUUGCCUGUAACAAAGGAAAUGGAAGAGCAGAAGGAUGCUGCUGAUGCGUCCAUUCUUCGGACAAAAACUGCUAAACCGCGGACGAAGGAAGCCGCCUAUGUUUUUGAUGUUGCCGAACCCGAGACGCCAGCAAGGACAGCAGAGCCCAAAUCAGGGUCCCUUCAGCCAACAAGCUACUGGUCUGUACCAGAGCAACGUGAAUUCCCGGAACUAAUUCGUCACUUCGGGAAAGAUUUUGACGCGAUCUCCCAGUAUAUGAAAACAAAGACACCUACCAUGGUCAAAAACUAUUUCCAGAGACGUGUUGAUUCUGGACAAACCUCAUUGGAAGAAUAUGCUGAAUUAGCUGAAGCUAAGAAGCUCAGCGGAGAACUACCAGGACCCCUUCCACUUCCGAGUAUUCCUCCCAAGCGACGAUAUGAAGCAACCCCGUCUUCUGUUACCCCACGGCCGCUUGCGCCAAACACUGAAGUUAGUGAGAUGGUGGAUACGUCGCUGGCGUCUAAGUCAAAAGCUCCCGCUGUUACGCUAGCCGCCGCACAACCUUCUACCAGCCAGCCUCAGCCUCGCUCGCAAUCAGAAAAGGACCGUCCACAGCCCAGAUUUUAUCCUCUUGCCCAAGCGACAACAGCUCCUCUACAGGCUAUGAACGAAGAACCGCAACCACGAUCGAUUCGUCCUCAGCCGCCUCAAAACCAACGCAAUCAACAAGGUCCUAGAGCUGGAUAUUUCAGUGACGACCGGAAGGAUGCCCGGACGGUAAUGCCUAUUACACCGGUUCCAAACCUGCAAUCUCAAGAACCCCAAUGCCAGAAACUGCAACAAAAUGUAGUACCCAUGCAAAAUGCCGGGCGAGGCUCAGCCUUGCACGUCCAAAGUUUGUCUCACGAAGAUUUACAGGCUCUAUCUCAAGAGAACCACGAUUCAUUACGAUAUCAGUCACUAACUCAGCCAGCAGGGUUUUCUCAAACCCAAUAUCUUCAGCAAUCGCAAGCGCAAGCGCACAGUCCAGUUAUGUCGGUGGCACGAACACAUUCGAGGCGUUCGAGUAAAGUAGUUUCAACACCAACGACCGUUUCCCCAGUGCAGCGGAUGCCGAAACAAGGGUUAGAUUCAGCAGCUCCCCUACGCAAUGACCUUGGGCAGCAAAAAUCAGCGUUGCCGCCACCUGGCCACCUUCUAGGUAUUGGCCGCCAGUCACCCGUAAUGUCGCCCAGCAAAGAGGAUGCUCGUCCAAAUUCAACCUCAAGUAUCGCUUUUCAGGAUCCUCCACGCCAAGUACCUGCCAAACGAUCCAAUAUCAUGAACAUCUUAAAUGAUGAUGCUGAAGAACCACAGCCGCGAAAGAGAUUCGCAAGUAAUCAACCUUCCCCCUCAAACACUCCGCAGUUAUAUUCUACAUCGCAUUCACUUUCUCUUCAAGCGCAACCUGUCUCUCAGGACGAAUCAUUACACUCUACUCGUCAGCCCCAGCAGCAUCGAUCGCAGUAUCUGCCACAGCACCCACAGGGGUCGCAAGCAAAUCAACUGUCAACCGUUCCGUCCUGCUCCUACCCAGAAUAUUCCAGCUACUCUGCUGGCUCCAUGGCAGGAUCUGGAACCACAGUUCAGGAUUGGAUGUCAAGACUAGACCCCAGAGGACAGCAGCAGUCGCAAACAUCUGGCGAUACUGAACAUGGAAUUUCCCGUUUAUCAGCUCAGCAAAACUCAAGUGUAGGAUACAUGAAUACCGGUCAACAGCCAACUGUAAACCCCGGAUCGAACGUUCAUCAACAAACCCAGCAGCAACACCACCCCUCGUACCAUUCCCAGCCUUUGCAACAAUCACAGCAAUCUCAACCCGCUCCGUUCCAGGCCCAAUCUCAGUGUCAACCGAAUAUAGGCUUAGGGAAACGCGAUUCUCCCAUGACGUUACAUGCACAACCGCUUCAUCCUCCAUCCCCACAACAUCGUCACAGCGCGCUCUCAUACUCUCGUCGGUCCUCCCAGCAGCAUCCAGCCUCUCCAGUCCAGCUCCCUACUCCAGGGUUAUCCCAAACACAGCAGCUCCCAUCUUAUUCUCAGGGACACUUGGGUCAGCCGCACCUACGUCAGCACCACCCACCGACUGGACAACUUGGACAUAAUCACCAGCAUAAUGCUCAAACUGGUGGUAAUUCGCAACAUAUGCAACACAUGGGCCCGCCUUCUUCGCCUCGCCACCACAACGCCCAGCUACGCCAAUCCCAGCAGCAACAGCAGCAGCAACCCCGACAUGGUCAACACCAACACCAAUCACAUCAGCACAUGCCCCCUCUCAGUGUAGGGAGCCAACAAAGUGGUGGGCCAUUCGGGCACAAUGUCCCAGCCCAUUCGCAACCGCGUCGAGCACCGGGCAAUUCCUCUAUUGCAGCCCCAAGCCCGCACCAGAACCCAAAUAUUGGAAGACCUUACACCCCACCCGCCUUGCAUCAGCCUUCUCAAGGCGGCAUUACGUAUACAGCUGUUGGUGUUGCUCCUCACCCUAACCCUGGGUCGCAGCAACAAGGAUUGCUCCCAAUGCAUCAGCAUCAGCAUCAACACUCGAGUCAGCACAAACACCCGAGUCAGCAUCAGCUCCAUUCGAGGCAUCCUGGAUCGGCCCAUCACCGUGCCUACUCCCGAGACUCGAGACCAUGA